CUCUAAACUGCCGUUGACGUUGCUAGACGCCUCAUUUCUUAACCUUGUUGUUUACUUAUCCGCAGCCGUGAAUACAAUGUCGUUUUCUUGGCCGUGGCAUUUCACGUCUCUCACAGACGCUGAGAAGCAGCAACGUCGGGAGCUUCUGGAUUUACGUGGAUUCUACGCGCAGUGCUCGGUGUUGGCUGCUCUUGUUCUGAUUCGACUAUAUAAGAAGUCCUUUGGCGAAGCCCCUGACACCGAAAAGCCAACCGAGAGGCGCUCGCGGCGAAAGAACCUGGAGAAAUCAUGGUUGGAUACGCCCCCAGUUGCUGGCUGGAUGGAGACUCGAAGACAAUACAUCGUCUGUCUCAUCUGGCUUGGCUGGCUGCUGAGUCUUUGCAUCUGGAAUUCUGGUGAAGAUUAUCUCCACUUUACCAAAGCUCUAGCCCAUGUCAGCCUCUCCCAGCUCCCCUUGCAGGUGCUCAUGUCACCGGCCCUGUACAUGAGUCCAUCACCAGGAUCACCGUCCGUCGUGUCGGUUAUCACAUCCGUUCCGCAGCCGACCAUCAACGCCUACCAUCGUCUAUUUGGUCGGAUUGUUCUUGCGCCGCUGCUCAUCGCCCACGCUGUCAUGUACGAUUCUUUCUUCCUGCAGUCGAGCCACCCUGAUUUCGGCUCGCUCUUUGCGAAGCGUAUCUGGGAUUCUGAUGUCCAGUGGGGUAUCGCUGCUGCCACCAUGGUGGGCGCGGUCGCUCUCUUUGCUCGUCCGGCAGCCAUGCCUCGCUGGGUACGCUGGUUGAAACCAACUUCUGCCAAGUCCAGGCAGCAGGUGUUCUACCUUGUGCAUGUUUCCAUCGUGGGAGCCCUGGAACUUGCGGCUUUCUGCCAUGUUUCGGUGGCGCGCACCUAUAUUCUUGAGUCAUUUGCGAGCUCUGCGAUCAAUUUCACCUGUUGCUACAUGAUGCAAUAGACUCAAUCUUUUGUGAGGCCUGGCACGUUCGUUGCCGAUAAGCUAUGCUAGAACAGCGAAUUAUCAGGGUUGUGGCUUUAGGGUACGGGAAUAGUUAACGAUACUGGUGUCCUACACAAUCAUGACACAUAUUCGAGGGCCGAUGGUGUAGAUAUUCGAAUAAACAUAAUGGG